CUAGACUAGAGAGAGGUGUGCUUGUGUUAGUUCUCUUCCUUUCCUUUCCUCGACAUAUUCGUCGCCGAGGGCGAGGAAGAUGAAGCUGGUGUGGUGCCCGGAGAUGGCGUCCAAGGCGUACAUCGACGGCGUCAGGGCGCUGGCCGACCACGACAUGGCCGCCGCCGGGGCGGACGUGGCGGAGCUCGUGUCGGCCAUGGCAGGAGGCUGGAACGCGCGGCUCGUCGUCGAGGCGCCGGACUCUACGGCUCCCGCGGCGGCGGCGGCCACGACCACGGGCCUCGCGCUGGCCGCAGCCACGCGGCGCACGGGCGGGCGCUACGCUCUCGUGCUGCCGGACAGGGACGCCGCCGCGGCCUACGGCGCGGAGGCUGGGGCGGCGUCGGUGACGGCCCAAGUCGUCGUCGGGGAGGCGGAUGAGGCGAUGGCGGGGCUACACGGCGUGGACCUCCUGGUGGUCGACGCGCGGAGGAGGGACGCGGCGGCGGUGCUCAGGGCGGCCAGGCCGGGGGCCAGGGGCAUGGUGGUGGUGCGCCACGGUGGCGGGAGGCAGCGCGCCGCCAAGGACCUGGCGGCGUCCAUGGCGGACGGGACGCGGGUCGUGCGGUCCGUCUACCUGCCGGUCGGCAAGGGCGUCGAGGUCCUGCACGUUGGCGUCGGCAAGGGGCCCAGCAUGCAGAACCGCCGUGGCAGCGGGAGCACCAGCAGGUGGAUCCGCCACGUCGACCACGACACCGGCGAGGAGCACGUCUUCCGGCGGCAGUGAUCAACCCUCUUCGCUAGUUUAUUGCGCCGUCCAGGUGAAUCAGAGUUCCAGGCGAAGGGUAAUUACUUAGGUAUGGGUGUGUCGUCCAGAUUCGUUGAAUCCGCUCAUCGUUGUACCGUCCGAUGGGUGGAAAGUGUGACGAAUUACGUACGGUGUAAAUAGCCUCCUCCUACCAGCAGGAUUGUUCGGCUGAAAUUAAGCAUGAAUCAAACAGGUUUUGACAAACUCCAAAACUACCUUCAAAUUCAAAUUUUACAAUU